GAUGAAACCGCGGACAGUAUAAAAGCAGAAUCUUUGGCGAAUAUCUCAGCUAAAGUAUAAGUCACUCCGUUACUGUGAAACCCUUGAGCAGUUCUUAAACUACAAACAGUCACUCGAAAUGGCUAAAUUUGUGUUCGUGACCAUCUUUGCCGCCCUGGUGGCGUUCUCCUUCGCUCAUCCUUACGGAUCCUUUGAGCACGGACACGGGCAUCAGAGCCAUGGUGGCCACGGUGGCCAUGGAGGACAUCAUGAUCAGCACAGAGGACAUCACGACCAGCACGGAGGAUUCGGAGGAUCGCAUGGACAAUCGCACGGUUUCAAUCAGGGACACGGAGGACAUGGAGGACACGACGGUCACUCACGCGGUUUCGGAAACUCUCACGACAAUCACGGUCAUGGAGGACACGGUGGACACAGUCACGGAGGCUAUGAUCAGGGACAUAAUACUCGAUACUAAAGGCUGAGAAUUGAUUGUAUUCUUCGAUCAAAAUUUGUCUUUUUGGCCACAUAAAAACAAAAAUACAUGUGUAUGAGUUGAAA